GCACUUAAUCGUAGUGGUUCUCCAUUGCUCCUGGAUGAUGCACUUUCCAGCACUCCUGUCGAUUCACAUCCACAUGACUUGAACGGACCGAAUUCGGUGAGCUGGAUGAGCGACGCGGCGAGCAGUGAUGCGUCACAUCUGCUCUAUCGCGAAAUGGACCCAUACAAUCAGGCUGCAUUUGUCGGCACAGAUAACCGCGCCUCACCCGGUUCUGGCCAGUUCGAUCCAUCUGAACAGAACAAAGAAGGUGGUUGGGUUGCAGUGACCAAGGUGUCCGAUGCGAAACACGGGACUACACGUCUACUAAUGCUCAAUCGUAUCAGUCAUUCAUAA